AUGAAAUUCGCAUUCGAGAAGUUUGACAUCGUGUUGGCGAGAUCCUUGUCAAAGCCUGGGCACAUUUUUCACCUUUCGAAGCCGUUACAAUCUAGUCUUCAGUUAAAUUGCGGUAACGGAACUAUUGCUCAUGACGAUAUCAUCGGUAAGAAUUACAGAUCCCUGGUGGUAUCUUCGAAUGACCACAAGUAUAUAAUAGUGAAACCAACUCUCGAAGAAUACAUUGUAAAUAGGAGACGAGAAGCACAACCCAUCUAUUCUCUCGAUGCGGCACUCAUUGUACAGUUGAGUGACAUAUUGGUCCAUCAUCCUCAAAUAAAACAGACUGGUAGUAAUUGGUGCGGAUUGGAAAGCUUACAAGCACCUUCGAGAUAUAAGCGGUUGAAUUUAGGUGAUCCGUUCGACAACUUCUUGAACGACAAACUACAACAAAAUGGCUCGAGUGUACACUCGAUAAGCCUUGUAGAAAGACCAAAACAAUUUCUCGAAUGCGGUACAGGGCAUGGCUCAUUAACGUUAAACAUCCUGAAAGCGGUUCAUGGCGCCAAUUGCUACUAUGAUGGCGUAAAUGACCUGACAAGGGGUGCAAUUCUACAUUCGCUGGACAAGAACGCCAAACAUCUAAAUGUUGGAAUGCAAAAUGUAAAGCAUUAUGAGAAAGGUAUCCUUUGGCCAGACGUAGAGUUCCACCUUACGAAUUCUCCUAACGACUGGCUCGAAGGUGAAGAUGCAAAAUACUAUCGCGAGCGAUUGGCGCAAUCUGCAAACCGAUUUUUAAGCGGGGUCUUUCUGGAUAUGCCUUCACCAGAAUUACAAUUAUCGAAACUUUCCGAGGCAUUGUAUCUGGAUUGUCCUUUGAUUGUAUUCGUUCCUAGCAUUACGCAAAUUUGGGAUUGUUUGUCCUUCGUAAAGACGAAUGGCGUUAAACUGACGCUAACCAAGACAUAUGAAUUAACCCCCGGAUCUGGCGGGGGCGGUAUGAGAGAAUGGGAUUUAAGAAGAUCUCUUAUAAGAGAAUCUGGAGCGGAAGGUAUCGUAAUGAGACCAAAAGUUGGCACCAGGGUCGUUGGUGGAGGGUUCGUUGGCGUCUUCAGAAAACUACCAAAUGAUGCUAUAGUCAAGACGUGGGAUUGA